AUGCUCCGCCAGGCGAUUCGAGGAGGAACUCGAUGGUGCCAUGGGGCUCGCUGCCCAUCGCUUCCCCGGUGCACAUUUGGCGCUGUAGCUGCGCGUCGCCUCCAUUUCGGCGGGCCAAACGAUAAGGUCAACUACUACGAACAAGACAACCGCGCGAGCAAAGUACGACGAAGAGUCGACCCGGAAGCCGAGGACAAUGAACAACGGGAAGAGGUGGAGAUAGAGCUUUCAAAGCUGCAGGAAGAGCUGGAGGAACUUGAGAAAGGCCCUUUCGAGCCUGACAGUCCUUUCAUUCAGAGUCUACCGGAGAACGAUCGGAAGGUUGCCCUGGAGGCUCUACGGAAAUAUAAGGAGGAUCAAGGCCCGUCAGCACCACAGCCUUCGCUAAAGGACGUUUUCGAUGAUGAGUUAGACGAUAUGCUUCAAGAGGAGUUUCAGAGCCUCGCAAAGGAACAAGAGGAUUGGCAGGACAGCGCGAGAACGAGACGAAAGCUGGCCUCGCAGAAGGCUCGAAAUGGAACACUUGCCGACCUUCAAGAUCACCCAUACUCUGCAAAGUUCAGAGGAUUUGUACAGCAAUUUUCAGAAAACCCAAAGGAGGAGCGGACAAGACAAGAGCUAUGGAAAUCCUACCGACGGUGCAAGCAGUCCGUUCCUGAUUUUCUGGAAGACCUCACCCCAGAGACAAUGAGCUUGAUCUGGGAGUCACAAACAACAGCACAAUUGACGAAGUCGACACGAUCUGUCCACCUACAGAAUCUUGUGAAAGACAUGCAAUCCGUUGGACAAUCACUCUCUAUCCCCCAAAUCCUUUCCUACAUCGAAGCGCUUCAUAGCGGAGGGGCUACAAACCAGGCAUUGGAGCAGUGGGAACACUAUCAAUCAGACCUGUCUCGAAAAAAAGAGGAUCUGGAGGAAUACUGGAUGCUAGGUGUUCGGCUCUUUGCAGCCGAGGAUAACCCUCAACGCGCUCAAGAUAUUGCAUUGGCAUUCCUUGCGAAUGAUCAAUCUCGACAGCCUCGCGUCCUUAUCCCAGUUAUUACGGCGUGGGGAAGACUGCCCGGAAAAGAAGCCGAGGUAAAGGCGUGGUCUUUGUACCUGCAACUGAAAACAUUUUUAGGCAUAGAUAUGACAAUGGAAGACUACGACCAGAUCAGCAUCGGUCUUCUAACAGCUGGCCGGCUGGACACUGCUGUUGCCAUAUUCAAGGACAUGAUGGUGACUGGACAAGAUCCAGCCAACGACUCGACCGCUCUCUACAAAUCAGCUCUCGGUCUUGCUGGAAAUCUUCAAGCGUCCAGCAUCAACGAACAAGCUGUGAACAAGGUAUCUCUAUCGGUACUCACAAUGCUCCCGCGACGCUUCCAGAACCGGUUCUUUUAUGCGAGCUGGAUGAAGAAGCUCAUUGGCAUGGGCGAUGUCGACUCGGCUGCGCUAGUCAUCGAGUUAAUGUACGAGCGAGGAGUCAAACCGGACACCAAGCACCUGAACGGAGUCAUGGCUGGCUGGUUACGUGAAGGCAAUGCGGCUGCACGAGACAAAGCAGAGCGACUUGGUUGGUCCAUGAUCCAACAUCGCGUUGAUGCCGCAUGGAAGCGUUUCCAGCCCGCAGAACAGUCCCCUCAAAUUCAGAUCAAGCACCCACAAACGAUCGAGUCAGGCCGUAUACCCAAAUUUUUACAGCGAGAAGUGCCACCAGCUAGCAUCGAGACUUUCUCUAUCCUUCUUCUUCAUUACACUCGCCGAGGCGACGAUGAUAUGGUCAAAUACCUUAUCAAGUGCCUUGGCGACGCACAUCUCCAGCCGAAUUCCUAUUUCAUGAACCAUCUCCUCUACUCAGAUCUACGAAAACAAGAUAUCCGCUCUCUUUGGACCAAGUUCGAGAAGAUGUCUGCAAGUAUUCGCCCCGACCUGGAAACCUUCGCAUGUCUUUGGGACUGCGCCAAGCUGCAAUAUGACCGUGGUCGUACUGCCUUUGACGCUGGAUUUCCAUCAGCCCGCCAACUGUACGCACGUAUGGCCCCAUGGUAUUCGCAGCUCUCACAGCACGCCCGUGCAAAUACCCGUUCGCAAUUCUCCAAGGAACUUUACGACCAGAUUGUGCGUUGCUUCUGCUUGUCCAAGGACCUCGGCGGCACCCUUGUUGCAUUGCAAUCUAUGCGAGAUUUGUUUGGCUACGCCCCCGACGACGUCACCGCUCGCCUGAUCGUGUUGCAGGUUGCCCGAUUAGCUGGUGUGCCGGCCGAUACGCCGAAACGCCGGCUUCGACGUCUGUCCUCUACGCCGCGCAGCAAGGAGAAUAUCGGUCAAGUCACUCGCCUUCUGGAAAUGCUGAGUGACCGGAAAUCGAUGGCUCUUAAAGCCCAGGGGUUGAGCGUUGAGCAGCUUGAUCCGCACGAGAAACAGCAAUACCAACUUGAGGUCAUGGCUAAUCUAUUGCGCAUUGUGCUUGCUCGGACAGACAACCUGGACCCUGUGCAGGUAGAAGCUAAGCUAGCUCAGGCUGCUGCGGAAAUGCAUGUGCAGGGUAUUGAUCUGGGGUCUCCUUUGGGCGUGAAUGACAGCCAACUGCUGUAG